UCCAUUAGAAAAAUAGACUUUUUUCUUUUUAUAUACUAUCUGGACUCCGAUUUAAUAUGAAUCUUUGAUCCAUGUGGCAUUCCUAAAAGAAACUCGCACCAAUUGCCUCUCAUGAUUGGUCAUUGCAGGCCGCCAUGAAUUUCUCCAGCAAUUCUUCUAGAUCCAGCUCCUUGACUAUUGGAGAGCGAAUUUGCGCUGCGCUUUUGCCAUUUGCGGCUUUAAUCGAGGUUUUGAUUUUCGCUGUGUCUAAUUGCUUCGAGUUAAGGCCACGGAUUAAGAGAAUCCGUUACCGCUUCACUGAUCUAGUUGGCCUUGCCCGUGAAUCUCGGUUUACCGUCAACGAAGUGGAGGCGUUGUAUGAGCUCUAUAAGAAGUUGAGUAGUUCCAUAAUCGACGAUGGAUUGAUUCAUAAGGAAGAACUUCAGUUAGCAAUCUUCCAAACGCCUCAUGGCGAGAAUCUCUUCCUAGACCGGGUUUUUGAUCUUUUUGAUGAAAAGCGAAAUGGCGUAAUUGAGUUUGAGGAAUUUGUCCAUGCACUUAGUGUUUUCCAUCCCUGUGCCCCUUUGGAAGAAAAAAUAGAUUGUAAGAGUUUGCUGACAAGCUUUUGUUUUAUUCUGCUAAAAUUCGGUUAUAGUCAUAUUUCAUCUCUGUGUUUUUUAUUCUCUGCAGUUGCAUUUAGGCUGUAUGAUUUGAAACAAACUGGAUAUAUAGACCGAGAAGAAGUUAGGCAAAUGGUGGUUGCCAUUUUGAUGGAAUCCAAUGUUAAUUUGGAUGAUGAACUUCUCGAUGAUAUCAUAGACAAGACAUUUGCUGAAGUUGAUGCUGACAAGGAUGGUAAAAUCGGUAAAGAUGAUUGGAAAGUAUUUGUGUUAAAAAAUCCAUCUCUAUUGAAGAAUAUGACUCUUCCUUAUUUGAAGGACAUAACCACUGUAUUUCCAAGUUUUAUUUUUAACACGGAGGUUGAAGACUGAAUCUGAAGCUUUCCCUGGCAUUUUCCAAGCAAGUUAUUACAGGAUUCAGUUACACAGCUAACUGAUUUGUGCCGUAAAUUAUGGAGUUCUGCGGAGACAGAAGGCAUUGUUUGCACAAGCAAGACUAGAGUGGUGGCAUCACAAGAUCAUUCUUGCCAAUUAUAGCGCCAUGGCAUUUCAUUUUUUUAUGGAACAAUAUGGCACCUAUAUUGCACAGAUUUUGUUAUGGUUUUGCUAUUAUUGCCUCGAAUUGUGCAUUGGUAAAUGACUGCAUCCUUCAAGGGUAAAUAAAUAAUUUCAAUGUUCAUUUGGAUAUAUGAAUUUCUAAAUUUGAUAUUAAUUACAAUUUUUAAGACUGUUGGCUGGGUCA